AUGUUAUAAAUACCUAUAAAUAAUAGAACACCAGGAUAAAAUUUUAGUUUUAACUAAUUUGCAUCUGCACCUAAUUCUCCAGAAAGAAAUACACCUAACACUAUCAAAGAUUAUAUAAAAUAUAGAUAAAGAAAUUUAAUUGAUUUUGUAAAAAGUCGAUUAUAGAGUCGACAAAAUAGUCCAAAAAACCUUUUUAAGGUAGAUCUGUUAUAGUUUGCAAAAAAGAAAUAUGAUAGUAUGCCAAGUCCUAUAAUAGGGGAAAUUAAAUUUUUAUCAACUUAAAGUUCAAUAGGAGAUUCAAUUUAGAUUGUAAAUGGUUAGGGAAUGACAGAUGAUACAUUAUUUGAUGAAAUAAUUGAUUUGGAGAAUGCUAUAAAUUAGAAUGGAGUAGAGAAAAAAUUGAUGGGAUCACAGAAACAAAUAAAUCAUUCAAUAAUGAAAAAAGAAAUAACUGAAGAUGGUUAAAUAAAGAUUAAUCAAUACACAAUACUAUAGGAACUUGGAAAAGGUUCAUUCGGUAAAGUUAAAUUAGCAAAAGAUAACCAUAGAAAAUAUGUAUAAAAAUAAGUAAUUAUGAAAUUAGGCUGUAAAAAUAUGCGAUAGAAAGAAAUUAAAAUUAAAGUUACUUUCAAGUAAAAUGGAUGCUUAUUCAUUAUUGGAUAAAGAGAUAGCUAUAAUGAAGAAAGUAGAUCAUGAAAAUAUUGUAUAAUUGUAUGAAGUUAUUGAAAAUCCAAAUAAUGAUAAAUUAUA